GAUAGAUAGUUUGGCCUGCGUAGCGCUGGAUGGCGGAAGCAAAGGUAAGCUCCGAUCAAGAAGCCAUGCGAACGGAUAGCACUCUGAAGGAAGGGGAGGGUAUACCGGAGCCAAGGGUCGCCGAGCUCUGAAGUCUCCGAAGCCCGUUGUUGGAAGGCACUUGCGCCAGUGCUGCAACGAGCCUUUUCGUCGACUGUCAUGGAGUCGAGAUGGGAUCCUGGGUGAAAUCCCUGCGAAGUCUCCCGCGUUCACCUUUUCACUUUCACCUUUUUCGACCACCAGAACGACAGCUGCAUAGCUACCUACCCCUGCCACGGGACAAUGCUCUUCCUGCACAGCACAAGAAGUCGGGUCGUGGUCCGGCCGUUCUUCAGCUCGUCUCCAAAACCCAACCAACAGCACGCAAACCUUCACCCACCGCAACAGUAUCCGGCUCACCACCACCGACCUCCACCCUCGCCCUCCCCGCCGCCGACCCAACGCAUCUCAAAGUGUACGUCCUCCCCACCGUCCACAACAAGUACGUCUUUCACAGCCGGUUCCUCCGCCCGCGCACCCGCUGGGAACGCUUCGCCCUCAUCUCCGCCUACGUGCUACGCAAAUGGCGGUACCAGGUUGCCGACGUUGCGGCAUUCGCAUGGCAUGCUAUUGGUGGGGCCGGUAACGCGCGGAGGGACUCGGCUGGGGGGAGAAUGAUGCUCAAGGCAUGGAUGCUGGGUAACCGCUGGACGACGCGGCGAGCCGCCGACGAGUACUUUCUGAAGACGGUGCCGCGGAUAACCCAGCACGUGGAGUUCAUCUACCCGUCCAGCGCGAAUGCGAGGGCGGUCAAGGCGCAGGUUGGGGAGUACCUCGCGAAUCGGGAUCGACACCGACGGCGGUUGUUCCUGUGGUCGUUGGCGCUGCCGAGUUCGCUGUAUAUCGCAAAGUUCCACGUAACAGUCGCUAAUGUGUUUUUCACGUACAACGUGUUCCGGAUCAAUGCGGCGUGGAGGGCGAUGUAUGGCGGGCAGACGUUGCAGAAGCUGGUGGAUGCGAGGAAGGUUACGUGGACGAGCAGCAAAGAACUGGAUGGGAUUAUUCGGAGGGGGAGUGAGGAAGUUUCGAGGAGGAUGGAGGCCGAGAUGGGGUCGUCAUCGGCUGUAAAUGGCGACCCUGAGGGCGUGGCACGACAGGACUUACCGGCGGACGAGGCUGCAGUACGUGGCACAUAACGGCAAGGAAGAGUACGAAUGAUUCACCUACAGGUUCUCGGAGACAGAUGUCGCGAAUACCAACGUGGGAUAGUAGGCGUAGUGACAUCUCAUUAGUAUUUAUCAAUCUAGCGUAAGAGGAAAUGCUGUCAAGCAACCGUCAACGUAGAGAUUCUUGUCUUGACAUCAUCUUCGAGCCCAUAAUCUAGAUGUUCAUCG